UCAUUUAGCAGCGGAGAGAGGAACGGUUGCAAAAUACGAUAGAGAGAGGACAAACAACAAGAAGCCCAAGUUGUUGGACGUGGAGGAGAGAGGCCCUUGUGUUAUCUCCUCAUUCUCUCUUUUCUUUUUAUGGUCGCCUAGUUCACAGCUUCAUAAUAUCUCAAGCCUGCUUGAGACACCCAAAGCUCAAAUCUUUUUUGUAUUUGCUGCAUCUGGGUCUCAUGGCAAGUUGGGUUCUCUCAGAAUGUGGCCUAAAACCUCUCCCUAGAGUCUACCCUCAAGCUAGGAACGGCCUAACAUCAAAGACCGCCAUUUUUGCCAAUGCUAGGCCAUUACCAGUCUGCAAAAGCAAUAUUUUUGGCUCUUCUUUGAGGGCCUCGAAUGGGAUUCGAGGGACAAAUUGGGCACUGAAUGUGAGUGCUCCAUUGAGGGUUCCAUCUGUGGAUGGAGGAGAUAAUGGAAGAGUGAGUGUCAAUGGGGUUGAAGAUGGUAGUGAUUUCGACCCUGGUGCUCCACCUCCUUUUAAUUUGGCUGAUAUUAGAGCAGCCAUUCCAAAGCAUUUGUGGGUUAAAGACCCCUGGAGAUCCAUGAGCUACGUUGUGAGAGAUGUUGCUGUGGUUCUUGGGUUGGCGGCUGUUGCAGCCUACUUUAACAAUUGGGUUGUUUGGCCUCUUUACUGGUUUGCUCAGGGGACCAUGUUCUGGGCUCUCUUUGUUCUUGGCCAUGACUGUGGUCAUGGAAGUUUCUCUAAUAACCCAAAGUUAAAUAGCGUGGUGGGUCAUUUACUUCAUUCUUCAAUCCUUGUCCCAUACCAUGGAUGGAGAAUAAGUCACAGAACUCAUCAUCAGAACCAUGGACAUGUAGAAAAUGAUGAGUCUUGGCAUCCGUUAUCUGAGAAAGUUUACAAGACUUUGGAUAAGGCUACUCAAAUGUUGAGGUUCACCUUGCCAUUCCCUAUGCUUGCUUACCCUUUCUAUCUGUGGGGUCGAAGUCCCGGAAAGAGUGGCUCUCAUUUUGAUCCAAACAGCGACUUGUUUGUCCCAAAUGAAAGGAAAGAUAUCAUUACCUCCACUGCCUGUUGGACAGCAAUGGCUGGGCUGCUAGUCGGUCUGUCUUUCGUAAUGGGUCCUGUCCAAAUGCUUAAGCUCUAUGGCGUUCCAUACUGGUUGUUCGUCAUGUGGUUGGACUUGGUCACUUACUUGCAUCACCAUGGCCAUGAGGACAAACUCCCAUGGUAUCGUGGAAAGGAAUGGAGUUAUCUAAGAGGAGGAUUGACAACCCUUGAUCGAGACUACGGAUUGAUCAACAACAUCCAUCAUGACAUUGGAACCCAUGUCAUACAUCACCUGUUCCCUCAAAUUCCACACUAUAACUUAGUAGAAGCAACGGAGGCAGCUAAGCCUGUGCUUGGGAAGUACUACAGAGAGCCAAAGAAAUCUGGGCCUCUCCCACUUCACUUAUUGGGAGUUCUUAUAAGAAGCAUGAAACGUGAUCAUUACGUCAGUGAUACUGGGGAUGUUGUAUAUUAUCAAACUGAUAAGAAACUUCCUGGGUCUGUGACAUCAGAAUGAAGUUGCCAAGUUGUUGUGAAGUUGAAGUUUUCAGGCACAACAAUUGAAGCGUACCAAAGCUUUUUAACUUCUUUGUGACCAGUUGUUUUUAACUACCAACAAUUUUCCAGCUUUGUAUUAAUACUGUAUGGGCAGCCAUUCUUUCCUCACCCUGUAUUAGGAUAAGAGGUACCUCGCAUGCAUAAUUGCAGGCUGCUAAAUUGUAACGCGGGCAUUUAUAGUGAAAGUAUAUGAUUUAGUUCUGAAAGAAAAA